UCGACGAGUCUGUCGCCGCUGCUAUGGGCUCCGUCGUCCUCCAAGAUACUGAUCCGCUCUGCGGAUCAGCUGGAUGUGUUUGGCGCGCUUCAUCACACCGAGUUUCACGCAACAGUUCGCAACUACAUUUCUCUUGUCGGUGGAAAGCCUUCUCUUAUUCAGUUUGGAGCCCGGGACACGGAGCUUCUCAUAUGGUCCGCGUCUGGCUUGAAGCUUGUAGUCGUCGAUGUGUGUGGCUCUGGCGCUGUCGAAAUUGCAAGCCCCAAGUUCCAUCAAGCCACAUCUGCGUCACGAGGCCUUUCUGUUCGUCCGGAGACGGGACAUCUGGCAUUACUGGCUCGCUCUGGGGGCAGGGAUAUCGUGAGCCUCCAUCAUCCGGUUGAUCGACAAGUGCUUAGAUCUUGGUUCCCAGAAACGCUCGAUGCUCAAGGCGUCUCCUGGACCCCUGAUGGCAAGUGGCUUCUGCUCUGGGAGUCGGCUGUUCAUGGUCACCGACUACUCAUCCACACUUCUGAUGGGCAGCAUUUCCGUACCAUUACGGCAUACAACCUGUUGAAAGGCCCCGAUGCAGAGCUCGAACUGGGUAUUCGGGUCUGUCAAUUGAGCCCCAAUGCAGAGACUUGUGCCAUCGGGGAUUAUAGCAGGGAUGUAUCUAUUCUUCAAACACAUUCAUGGAGGGCACAGAUGAGGCUCACUCAUCCCGCGACUAUAGUUCCGAAAGAUACUCUUCAGGUGUGGCAACAGAAAAUUGCAAUGGACUCUUCACAGGCGCGAGCGCGCCAUACUUUUCUCAAGGCCACGCAGGUGUUAUCACCCCCUGGGCCUGCCGCCGAUUCUCAGUCUGCGGCGGAAGUCAGGGCCGGCUGCUCAAUGGCCGCCUUUGAUGCAUCCUCGACCCUUCUGGCGACACGGUUAGACGACUCGCCAUGCACUCUGUGGAUCUGGGAUAUCGUAGCCGCCGAGCUUCGAGCCGUCCUCAUUUUCCACUCCUUGAUCUCCUUCCAGUGGCACGCAAAAAUUCGUGAGCUCCUCCUCAUCACCUCGCAGGAUCCCGCGCAGCACGGUGUGUCUUUCAUAUGGGAUCCUCUGUCCGAUGGACCGACGCCGCUUGUGCCAGAGGAUCAUUUGCCCGCUGGAAGAGCGGCGGGAAAAGCACAGGUUGCGUGGAUCAACCGCGAGACUGAAGCGCCGGUCCUGUUUGUGUCUGAUGCGGAGCACUACCUUUUGCUGUCUCCGUCCAAUGAUGGUGGGCGGGAUUCUAAUCCCUGGCAGGCUGCUGCUGUGGAUUACAGUGGUAGCGAGAUGGCACUUGACAGCCCGACAUCAGCUUGCUACGCAAUGGAUGACGGCGAUGGAGCAUCAGUCGUGGACGAUACCUUUUCCUUUAGACAUGCUUAG